AUGGGGGCCUUAGACGAAUCUACACCAGUACCUUCGAGAAUAACGCUACAACUUAUGAAACAGAAAAAAAAAAGCGCCUUCCAGGGAUAUUCUCUCUUGAAAAAAAAAAGUGACGCUUUGUUUAUUCAUUUUAGAGAUGUGUUAAAAGAUAUAGUAAAGACAAAAACAAAAGUGGGUGAGGAAAUGAGGAACGCAUCCUUCUCUCUAGCUAAAUCAGUUUGGGCAGCUGGAGAUUUUAAAGGGCAAAUUAUUGAAGGUAUAAAAAGACCCGUUGUAACUUUAUCCUUAUCUACAAAUAAUGUGGCAGGUGUUAAAUUACCAAUAUUUCAAGUGAAUAUUGAUCCAACUGUUGAUGUGUUAGGAAAUUUAGGUGUUGCAGCAGGAGGUCAAGUUAUUAAUAAUACCAGGGAAAAUUAUUUACAGUGUUUAAAUAUGUUAGUUAAAUUAGCAUCUAUGCAGGUAGCUUUUUUUUCACUUGAUGAAGAAAUCAAAAUGACUAAUAGGAGAGUUAACGCACUAAAUAAUAUUGUUCUCCCAAGGUUAGAUGGAGGUAUAAAUUAUAUUAUAAAAGAAUUAGACGAAAUAGAAAGAGAAGAAUUCUACAGGUUAAAAAAAAUAAAGGAAAAGAAAUCUGACAAAUUAAAGGAUUCAAAUAUUGACACUGAAGCAGAUGGUGAUUAUAAUGCUUCCAAGAGACAAGAUAAUUACGCCUGUACCCAAAAGGACGAUGAUAUCAUAUUUUAA